AUGACGCCUCUGCUACCUAGCUGUUCGUAUCGACUUCUAUACCGAUUUCGAGGCUUGAUAGACUAUCACUGGCUCAACCUUUCUCUGCUUCUCGCUUUCGUUCUAUUUUACUGGCUGUUCCAACUGACGCGGCACAAUGCAGAUUGGAACUCCUCUACGCCUCCUGACGACAACAGCGGGAUAGUCGUCUGCGCUAGUGACUGGCACGCUCCUAUUCGGGCCACGAUUAACGGAAGUUACCGUCUGAAGCUGAAGGUAGUAGUUGAUCCAACUGUCACAACAAGCCGCUUUGACCGCUUUACCAGCAGCAAAGUGGUGAAAUAUGACAGACAUCCACGCCUACUCUCCUUCGAGGAUAUGGCUGAGAUUGAGGACCAAUUCUGGCGUCUGCCUGUGGACCAGCAAGUCUACCAGAUUUAUCCACAGAGCCUCAACAUGUCGGAUGUGGUGAGCAGGGUGACGUCAUGUCGUGCAGUGCCGGAGGUAGGUUCCCGUGAUGCCUGUUGCUAA